AUGAUCUCACGGUCGGCGAUUGGACGACACGCACAGCUUGCUGUUCGCAGGCAAUGCUGUGCUCAGCCAGCUAAUCGUCGCGGCCUUGCUGCCGUUUCCUCCGGAUCAACCUCAUUCUCAUACGAAUCAUCUGAUGUGGCCGGAGUCAAGGUUGCAAGCAGAGAUGUUGCUGGAGCUACCACAAAGCUCGCUGUCGUUGCCAAAGCUGGUACCAGAUAUCAGACUGCACCAGGUUUGACAUCAGGGUUAGAGCGAUUCGCAUUUAAGAACACAUUGAAACGAUCCGCCCUUCGUAUCUGCAGAGAAUCUGAGCUUUUGGGCGCACAAUUGAACGCUUACCACACCCGUGAGGCACUCGUCGUGGAAGCCAAGUUCCUCCGGGAAGACUUACCAUACUUUACCGAACUCCUUGGUGAAGUAAUCUCAGCUACAAAGUAUACCCCCCACGAAUAUCACGAGGAAAUCGAGCACCAGAUCAAAUUAAGCCAAAAGAAGCUCCUUGGAAGUGUAUCCGACCUUGCUAUCAACUCUGCACACGGCAUCGCAUUCCAUAGAGGACUCGGAACGCCUCUCUUCCCGUCUUCAUCUACACCUCUUACGAAAUACUUAAGCUCGGACUCCGUUAACGAGUUUUCAAACCAAGCAUACUCGAAACCGAAUAUCGCUGUUGUUGCAAACGGUGCCAGCCAGGCAGAUUUGUCGAAGUGGGUAGGAGAAUUCUUCACAGGUACUCAUGCUGGACAGGGUCUUUCCGGUCCUGGUGCGACCAAAUAUUAUGGCGGUGAGGAACGCAUUGCCCAUGAUUCGGGUAAUUCAUUCGUUAUCGCUUUCCCUGGAUCCAGCUCUUUCACCGCAGGAGGAUCAUACAAGCCUGAAUUCUCCGUCCUUGCGUCUCUUUUUGGUGGAAAAUCUAGCAUUAAGUGGUCUACCGGUUUCUCAAUCUUAUCCAAGGCUGCAUCUUCAUUUCCAGGAGCCAGCGCCACAGCUACUAACUUUGCUUACUCUGAUGCUGGACUUCUGGCACUUCAAUUCAAUGGUUCUGCAUCUGCUGUCAGAUCAGCUGCUAUUGAGGCGGUUAGAGCUCUCAAGGCGAUUGCUGGAGGUGCCAUCAGCCAAGAAGAUUUUACAAAGGCUGUCGCCAAUGCUAAAUACAACGCAUUAGAAGAAGGUCAAAAUGUUGAGGCUGGUCUUGUCUUGACUGGCUCUGGUCUUGUUCACGGCGGUAAGGCAUUCCAAAUUGAUGAAGUUGGUAAGAAGGUCGAAUCAGUUAGCAUUGAGAAGUUGAAAUCGGCUGCCAAGACGAUAUUGGAGGGCAAAGCUACAGUUUCGGCAGUUGGUGAUCUUUACGUUCUUCCUUAUGCAGAGGAGCUUGGUCUUUCCGUAUAG